AUGACGUCCACAAAGAGAAUGUUGCUUCUGGUAGCGGUGACAAUUGCCAUGCUGGAUGCCACAGAAAGCUUUCAGUCUUUCAUCUCAUCUGAUGGAAAUUCCUCUGCUCUCUCUGGAAUUACACGACGAGCAAUCCUUCAAAAGACAGCUGAGGUCUGCCGAGACCUUGCUGCAUCCCAAAAUCGAGAGUUCACCUUGAGAAUUGACAACAGUCUAGUAGCUGAAGAGGUAAGUGUGUGUGGUGGUGGUGGGAGGGGGGUGUUGUGUUAUACACCUAAUUAUCUUUUUUGUUUCUACUGGGUGGAACUUGGAAAUAAUGUUCCUUUCAACACAUUGAUCAAACAGGACCAACCUCUCACAACCCUGGCAGCUGAUCAGGCCGUAAAUGCCAUACUGGAGGACAUCAGAAUAGCGGUGGGAAUCAAUAGCUUUCUGAGAUUGAUGGAUAUUACCCCGUCACCUCCAUUGUGUUUUGUCAUUGACACAACAGGAACUAUGGGUUUUGAACUUUUCCGUAUAAGAGCACUUGUCUCUAGAAUCAUUAACGAAAGAAGAAGAACCUUACCCACAGAUUACAUACUGGUACCUUUCAAUGACCCAGGGUUCGGUCCUGUAACUAGGACAAGCAAUGUAGAUGAGUUCAACAUGAUCGUGCAGAGACUAUCUCCAUUAGGAGGAGGAGACCCACCAGAGUUGAGCUUAUCUGGACUGCGGCUUGCGCUCACACAAAGUCCCCCCUACACUCAAGUCUUUGUCAUCACUGAUGCUCCAGCUAAAGAUUCGAACUUGAAAAACAACAUCACUGCUCUCAUAGAGAGCACAGAAUGUGUGGUUAACUUCCUGCUGACUAUAGGUUCCGAAUUGGCUCAGUCAGAACAGCUGUACCGUGACAUAGCUGAAGCAUCUGGAGGUCUCGCCUUUGUGAUGAAAAAGCAAAACUUCGAUUCAGCUCUAUCUGUUGUGGAGGACUCACAAGCUGGUUCUGAGGUGACAGUUUUUCGUAUCAAGCAAAACCCUGGAAGACAAAAUAGUUUCAAUUUUGCCGUUGACGUCUCAUUGAGGAGUGUAACUGUUUACAUCAUAGGAGCUUCAUCUCUUACUUUCAGUCUUACAAGUCCAACAGGUGUAACGCUGAGUUCCAGUCAGGCCAGCGGACCCCUGCACUCCUUAACUAAAAUAGGAGAUUUGAAUCGCUUGACGCUCAAAACAGAAAAUGAAAUAGGACAAUGGCAAAUCAGCAUUACCUCCAGUGACAACUACACUGUCAAGAUCACAGACAGCAAUGCCAGCAUGUUGGUAACUCUGACAGAAAGCGUCGGAGUAAACGUCACAGAAGUCAUUCUUUUUUCAGAGUCAACACAGUGUGUGGGAGAUAGCAGGUAUCAAGUCAAUUUUACUGGAGUACCCCACGGCAUGUACAGGGUUCUACUGAAAGGAGAAGACACCAGGUCCAGGCCAUGUAACUUCCAGAGACAGUCCAACCUAAAGAUCCCCACCACCCAAAUCUGUACCAAUAGCCAAGUCCCAUCUACCAACAUAGAGCCUGGCUUCAACGUCUCCGUCUCUUUCCAACUUUCUGUAAUCUCCGGAGGACUUAUUAAUCAAUCUGCAGUUGAGACAUUCUCUAUUGGAGCCAGCAAUGACCGCGGCUAUCCUUGCAGUUUUCCAAAUACUGUGACUAUCGAACCAGGCAGUAGAGGCAUAGCUAAUGAUACUGGGACCAUGGCAGUUCCAGCUGAUGCUGCAUUAGGGAGUGAUGUGACCCUGACCAUUGAAGCACAGAAUGCAGCUGCCACUGACAUGAACUUUAUUGUCAUCAGGUCUCAGGUGAUAGAUGUGACUCCUCCCAAGUGGCAGGAGGUCAGUACAUCGGGAAACUGUUCCUCCUCUUUAUCACUAUGUGCUUCAUUCGAAUGGGAAUUUGUUGCCAAUGUCACUGGAACUGGUGCAGAGAACAUUACCAUUCGCCAGGGAAACGGUACCAUGAGUACCAGCAUAGUCCAAGCAGGAGGCGAAACCGUAAUAGUGGUCACCUACAGGGCCUCCUGCUGCUCACCAAAGGUGGAGCUUGCUGCUGUUGACAGAGUGGGCAAUGAGGGGAGAAUUAUAUACUUCAGCAAUGUAAAGGUAGAUGUGGCUCUUGCACUAUACACGAAUGACCAUUUUGAUGAUGAGACCAUCCAGGGAGGAAGGGAUGUCAUUGCAGCAGGAUUUGUACAGCCACACCAACUGGGUAGAGCUGGGAAACAUUCAGUUCUCGGGAGGUCAGCACACUGUCAAAAUGUUCUUCCUCUUUGUGUUUCAUCCAAAUGCGAAUUUGUUGCCAAUGUCACUGAUAACAUCAAUGGAGCUGGUGUAGAGAUCCUUACCAUUCGCAAGGAAAACAGAACUCUGAGUAACAGCACAGUGGUCGGAGUAGGAGGCAAAAACAUUACAGUGGUCACCAGUGCCUCCUGCUGCUCACCAAAUGUGGAGCAAGUGAGACAAUCCAUCACAGCUAAUCCUGUCCCUACAGAUCCCGCUACACCUACCACUACAACAGCCUUCGACUCAAUAUCCAGCAGAGGGCACGCUUUGGCCAUAAUUCGCACUGUUAUGAUCAGUGUUGUGGUGUCUGCCCUCUGGAAAUGGCACCUCACA